UUAGAUUUCAUGAAAUACUCAACUUGAAAAGUUUGAAAAUGUUUAUCACAAUAAUCUAUUACUGAGGAAUGGUUUUUCAAGAUCUUGGAUAUGUCUUUGAUUCUCUUGAUGUUGAGUGUAAAGGUUAUAUUGAAUGGUUUGAGCUGCAACAAUUUGAUAAAGAAAUUUAUCACGAGACACUUGAUAUUGAGCAGUUAGAAGCUGCAAUUAAAACAGUUUGUGGAAACAAAUCUAAUGGGAAAUGUACAAAAGAAUAUUUUCCUGAUAUCGUUAAAGAAAUUGAUAGAAGACAUGUUAUGGAGGAGCAAAUUCGCUGGGAUUUUUGUUCUCUUGAUGUUGAAAAAGUUGGAAGAAUUUCAAUUCAAUCAGCAUUAUUUCUUUUUAAAGCUGUCCUUGGAGAGAGAUUUUCAAAACGAUGUUGGAAAAGAUUUUUAGAUAAUCGAGUUGAUUCUUUUAAAGAUAUUUACUUUGACGAAAUUAAAGUCUAUCUUUGUAGUAUACCAGAUCUUGCUGCAGCAGACAGUGAAAGGGACUAUGAUGAACAAAAUAGAGUUGUUGGUGAAUAUAUGCAUCAAAAUAUGUAUAAUACAUUUAAAGAACUUGAAGAUUCUUUGAAUGAUGAUACAUUAAUGGCUGCUAAAGAAAGAGCAAAGCAAGUACAUUCAAUUCAAAUUAAAAAUAAAGCUUACCAUUUAUUAAACAGAAUGGAUGAAAUUGGAAUGCAAGCAUUGUUGGAAGAUGACUAUAAUGAUGGUAGUAGUUUUGAAGGAAGACCUAAAGAUCACAUUACAGCAUCCGAUCUUAUUGAUGUCUUAAAUGAAAAAUACCAGGUUCUUCGUGAUAAACUUUUACUGGAAAUGUUACAGGAUCACUUUGGUAUGAGCAUGUGGCAAGCUUUAUCUGAGUUUGAGCAACAAGAAAAACUUUAUCAGUUAAAAAUUAAAGAGGAAAAACUUCGGAAAGAAUCUCAUUUAGAAGAAAUGGCUAAACAUUUACCUGGUUCAGGUAUAGGGACAAGUUACAAUUUGUUUACUCUCAUGGGUGAAAGUGCACCUGAAAUGGAAAUUCGAAUACAAGAACAAGAAGAAAUAGCACUAAAAGAUGGUCGUAGCUAUGAGGACGUAGAGAGUGACUUUAUUAAAAAACUUGCUAUCAAGGAUAAAGAAAGAUCUUCAAGUGAAUUAAUUUUAAUUGCAAUAAAUAAUCGCUAUGAGCUUGAAAAAGAUUACAUAUUAAGAAAACUUCAAGGACUUGGUGGGUACUCACCCAUGGAUGCCAAAGAGCGAGAAAAUCAAUUUUUUAGUUAUAUGAUAUCAAAGAUACGAGGCAUUCAAGCAAAAAGUUUAUAUUCUUGUGCUAUUUCUAUAGGAUUAUCAGAGAGAAUUGAUUUAAAACAGUACAAUCUUUUGACUGACAAAGUAAAGCACAAUCAAUUGAGUGUUAGCAGGGUAAAGGCAUUUCGUCAGCGUUAUAUUUCUGAUGAAUUUAAUAUUCCACCCAAACUUUUUUUGCUCAAAUCCAAACUUGGUCGUGUUGAUCUUGAAAUGCAGUUGCUACAAGAGGUCGAGAGAAUGUUUGCACUUGAACGAGAAGCAUUAUUAGAUUUUAUGUUCUCAAGGGAAUAUUUACAUUUCAGAAUCUCAGCUAAAAGACUUACCAGAGAGGAAAAGAUUUCUCAGUUAAAACUGUUGUAUUCUGUUUGGGAAAAUAAUUCUUCUAAAAGUGAAUCUGAAAAACCUAUUCUUAACAGAAAAUGUCUGCAGGAAGCUGUUGCUUUGAAGUUUGAAUUACUUUUUGGUGACAUGGCAAAUAGUAAUGAUAUGAGUGUAGCUUCACAUUUACUUACUUGUUUGCAGUUGCGCCAAGAUGAAGAAUGCCAAAAAUUUAUCAAUGUUGGUUGUUUAGGAAUAGAAAGCCUAACUUCAUAUUGGAAAGCAUAUACACAAUCUAUUAUAGAAGAAAAUUUCAAAUGUAUUGCUAGCAUUGUUUUUGGUAUUGCAGAUGAACUUGCUGAUGAUGAAAAAGAGAUUAUUAAAGUUCUGGAGAAGAAAUAUGAUGUAUUAAGAGAUAAAUUUAUGAUGGAAGCUUUAAUGAAUCAAUUUGGUAAAGCAGAGUGGGAUAAGCUUUCUGAACAAGAGAGACAAAAUGAACUUUUUAAGCUUAAGUUACUAGAAAAAAAAUUAAAAAGAGAAGGAAAGUAUGAUGAACUAUCCAAACUGUUAGAUGAUUCAUCACAUCACUCUGAAACACUUAAUAAAUUAUUGGGACAAAAUCGAAAGCAAUACCUAGACAAGCUUAACGAACGUUUAAAAGAUCGACAACGUCGAAUAGCAUUAGGAGAAAAUGUUGAAGAUAUUGAAGAUAAUGAAAAUGAGUUGCAACAAGGCUCUUCAACAGGAAACGUUUUAAAAGACCUGGAUAAAAGAUUUGAUGAUGAAAAAGAUGCUCUUUUGCAAAGAUUACGAGAUCAGCAUGAUAUGAAUGAAAAAGAACGUGAACGCCAUUCACAACUAUUAAGGUUAAAAUUAGAAGCACGAAGAGCUGCUAAAGAAAAUAAUUUAGAUGGUGCAGCAUUAGUACUUGGUUUGGCUGAACGUAAUAAAGCUAAUCUAUCAGACAGGUUAAAAAAUGAUCGAAAGCGACAAGAGCAGUUAGCCAAAGAAAGAUUGGCUGCAAGGAAAAAAAAGAUAUCGUUCUCUAAAGAUACAGUUGAAUCCCAACCAAGCAAUGAUGAUUUAAAUGGUUGGCAAGACUUUGUAAUAAAUGAACUAGAGCGAAAACAUGAGAAAGAACGAAAUAUGUUUUUUAAUAUCCUAGAAGAUGAAGAGACCAAGAGUUUAAGAAAUGAUGCCCGUCAAAUGAAUGAAGAUGCACGCAACAAACAGUUGAUUGCUUUAAAAGCUAAAAAAGAUGAUCUAGAUUUAGAAACAAAAUCUGAUCAGGAGGAACAUAUAGCUAUUUUAGAAAUGGCUGCUGCUAUAAAGUAUGCAAUUACAGAAUCAUUUUUAAAAGAAAAUUCUGAUGAAAUUCUUACAAAAGAUGGUAUUAUUGUAUCAAUAAUGGCAGAUUUGCAGCAAGUUCAAGAUGUUGAAACAGAAAAUUUACUUAAUUCUCUUCCAAAUAAAAGCUUCUAUGAUUUAUUAAUCUUACGAAAUAAAUAUAUCGAGGAGCAGAAUCAAUGCACAGCUUCAAAUAUUUCAAAAGUAAUAUUUACAUUGAUUGGUGGAGAAAAAGAGGAGGAGCUUUUAAAAGCUGUUGACAAGAAGUAUGACAUUUUAAUGGAUAAGCUAACAUUAGAAGCCUUGCAGAAACAAAUGGGUAAUGCUGCAUGGCUUCAACUUUCAGAAAAAGAACGCCAGGCAAAGAUGAUGAGGUUAAGACUUCAGCAGAAGCAGCUUUUGAAAGAUGGAAAAUUUGAUGAAGCUGCUCGCUUACUUGGAGAUGGUUUUCAAGUUGAAACAAACAUACAAAUUUUGAUGGAUGAAAAUAAAAAGAAACAAAAUGAUAUUUUACAAAAACGGCUUGAACAAUACAGACAAAAACUUGCUAAAGGAGAAGAUCCUGGAGAAAUGCCAACAAGUAUACCAGAAAAUGCAGAAAACAUAGUUGUCGUUGAUGGAAAAACAUUAUUUGAAGAUUUACAGAAAAGGCAUGAAAAAGAAAAAGAAGCACUUCUAAAUCGCUUACGUGGAGUUGAUUCACAGUACUUAACUGAAAAAGAAAGACAAGCUGAACUGGCAAAGCUUAAACGACAACAAAGGAGAGUUCAGCAAGAAGAAAAAUUUGGAGCUGCAUCAUUGGUUUUUGGAAUUGCUGAAAAAAAUAAAGCAACAGCUCAAGAAAAAUUUGAUAAUGAUCGUCAACGUCAAGAGCAGCUUGCUAAAGAAAGGUUAGAGAGAUUGAAAAGUAAAAAAAAAUCUUCUUUUGUUGAACCGAUUGUUUGUGACAAUGAAAAAGAGUUGCAUGAAUCAUUAUUUGUCGCUGUUGAACAGAGGCAUGCUUUUGAAAGAGAAGAUCUUGUAAAGCUCUUUCAAAAUAUUUCUCUGGAAAAAAUUGAUGAAACUAAGCUUUUUUCAUUUAUGACACAAAGAAUGUUCAUAGAAUAUUGGAAACAGAUUUCUUUGGAAGUAGAUAAAUUUCCAAAUGCAGUUAACGAAAUGGCUGUUUUAAAAUUUACCAAUAAAAUGAAUUCUAUGAAGCUGACGAGAAACUCUCAAGAUGAGAUUUUGAUAAGUAUACUAGCAGACUUACAACAAUGUCAAGAUCAAGAGGUUGAUGAUAUUAUGAAAUCUGUUACAGAAAUGGAUGAGAAUAAAAUCAACGAAAUGAAAGAAAAAGAAAGGCUCAUGUGUCAACAACAUUUUUUCCCAAAUAUUUCUUUGGUGUUAUCAAUUUAUGAAUUAAACAUUAAUGAUAGUUCUAUUUUCAUAAAUGGUUUGUUAGAGAAGUUUGUUGCAUUGGAGGACAAACUUAUUAUGAAUGGCUUAGAACAAAAAUUUGGCAAAGUAGCUUGGAAAACUUUGGAUUGGCGAGACCAAUAUAGUGAACUGCUAAAGGUUAAAAAAGAGCAAAAAAGAUUGAAUGAUAUUGGUAAAACUGAAGAUGCAAAAAAAAUGUUAAAUGACUUGGUUGUUCAUGAUAAUAAUUGUCAUGUCUUACUUGGGCUAACUUAUAUUGAAGAAGAAGAGCGUUUAAUGAAAGCAACAGUUAAAUUCAAAAAAUUGAAUGAAGAAGGCAAAACGAAACAAGAAAUUAAAGAAGAAGAACUAAUUGAAUAUGAAAAAUCAGAAAAAAAACUUAUGGAAAAAUCGACUGGAAUUUUAAAUGAUUUAAAAGAGAUUUGUGAAGCGGAAAAAAAAACAUUAUUAACAAUGUUAGAAAGUAAAGAUCCAAAAAUAAAUACUCAAAUCAUUCGACAACUCAAAUUGGCGCGAUUGUGGCAUACUGCUCGACAAACAUUUUUGGAAAGCAACUACAACACAGCUGUUUUGAGAAUCUUGACAUCGAAGUGUCAGGAAAUAUCAUUUUCAUCUAAAAUUAAUAAUGAUCGACACCUUCAAGAAAAACUUGCAAAAAAGCGUCUUGAUUUUUUUAAAGAUGGAAAAUAUUCCGAAGAAGAGCAAAUGCUGAGAGAGAGUUAUAAAAAAAUAGAAGCUGGUCUAGAAAAUGAUCUUUUAAUUUUACAGGAUGUACUUUUAUAUGAACUUGAAAGAAAACAUAUCUCAGAAAGAGAUUAUUUAUGUAACCUUAUUCAUCCAGAGAAAGAAAGCAUUUUUAAAAAGAAAAAAAUGUUGCCACAGCAUUGCAAUGCACGACUUGUGGAGCUUAAGGAGCUGUAUGAACAAUGUCAAAAAGGUCAUUAUGAAAAUCCACAAAACAUCCUUGAGGAAGCAUUCCACUUAAAAAUAAAAGAAAAUGAUUGUGAUGAUCUUGGUGUCGAAUAUUUGUCAGAUCUUCAAGACAUUCAGGAUGCUGAAGUUGAGCAAGUGUUUAGUGAACUAGUGGAUAAGAGUGUGACUAUGUUAAAACAGUUUAUCAAUAUUCAACAAGUGGCACGCCAGAAUAAAAUCUUUAAAAAUGUUGGCAUAAUAUUGUUUGAAGAACAAGCAAAAAAAGAAGAAGAUGAAUUAGUGCAGGCUUUAAAAGAAAAGUAUGAUGCCAUAAAGAUGAAGUUGUAUGAGGAGGCACUUAAAAAGAAAUUUGGCGAAGAAACAUGGGAAAGUAUGACUUCUCAAGAGAAAAGUAAAUAUUUAGCAAAAUUAAAAGCUGAAGAGCUUUUGAUUGGUGGUCAAAGAGAACUUGACUUGUUAAAUCUUCAAGACAUGGGUGUCCUAAUGAGUAAUAAAAAUGCUGAAGAUGGUGAAGAAAACAAAGAAGUUAAAGGAAAAGAGUUAAUCAAAGAUUUACAAAUUCAAUUUGAAAAAGAAAAAGAGGCAGUUUUGGAAAUGAUCAAAAAAAGAGAUAUUGCUGAAACCAAUGAAAGAGGUAGACAGCUUGAGCUUUGUCGGUUGCGCCAAGAAAAAAAAAGAAUUCAGAGAGAAGAUAAGUUAAAUGGGGCGGCACUUCUGUUUACUAUGACUUCUCAAAAUGAAAAAAACAGUCAACAGAGAAUUGAAAAUGAACGAGCUCGUCAGCAACAACUAGCUAAGCAAAGAAUACUUGCAUGUCGUGAAAGAAAGCAAAAAGAAAUUAUGAGUUUAGAUGAAGUUUUGGAUAGUAAUGAAAAAGAAGAUGCUAAAGAUGAUAUGAUAUCAAUUGAACAAAUACAAAGAGAAGGGACAGUUGCUCUCCAAGAUUCACUAUUGCUUGAGAUUGAGAAAAAACAUGCCUCUGAAAGAGAAGCUUUAGUAGAAAUGUUUGAAGGAGUUGAAAUUUUUGAAAAAGCAACAUCUGAUGACGAGAUUUUUUUUAAAUUGCAAGCUAUCUCUGUUGAUAGAAAAAAGCUUAUAAAAAAAUCUAUGGACUUUCUAUCUGUACAGCAACCUGAUUUUUCAAGUGAGAUCGAGAAAACUUCAUACAAUGAAUCACUUCUUCAGCAUCACCGUUCAUGUCUAGAUAUAUUAAAGAAGGGCUUGAUGCUCAGGCUUGCUUUACAGAGUUUUAAAGAAGAAGAUCCUUGUGUUUUUUUUAUGACAAAGUUACAGGAACAACAAAUGAUAGAAACAAACUCAACAAUGAAAAUCAUGUUAGAGAUAAAUCGUGAAACCUUGAAAAGAUUGAAAGAUGAACAUCGCAAAGCGCGACGCGGCGGUUGGAUGGAUAAUAUUGCAAUUUUACUCUUUGACAAAAAGGAAACAUCUCCUAAUGAAGAAAUACAAAAGGAGUUUGAAAAUGAAGAAGAGCAGUUGAAGUUACUAACUGAUGCUCAAAUCAAGGAGUUAGAAAAAGAAAUUGAAAAAGAAAAACAAACAGUUUUAUCUUCAUUAACAAAAGAUGAAGUCGACAACUUUAUGAAAGAAUUAAAAGAAAGGGAAAAUUUAAAACGAAUGGGAAUCGAGGAGCAAGCCAAUCGUCAACGUAAAGCAGCUCAACAACGAUUAGAAGAAAAGCGUCGCAAACGAGAGGAAAAAACUUAUGAAAAUGAUCUUGCUCAUGCAAUGUUAGCUAAUGCAGAAAAAAGAAAUAUUUUACUUCGAGAAAAAACAUUAGCUGCUCAAGGUGUACACAAAGAUGAACUUGAAGAGCGUUUAAGACUAAGAAGAGAAGAGCGAAAAAAAAAACAAGACAUUGCAGAAAAAGAAGAAAAAGAAGCUGAAAACAGUAAAGCAAAAACUUUGGUUUUAGGCGAAGAAGAUAAAAAUAUAACACCUGAGUUAUCAGAGAAUCAGCUCGAAAGAUCAAAAUCAUUGCAUCUAAAUGAAAACGAACCGGUUAAAAAGCUUUCCGAAGAUUUAGUUAUUGAGAAAGAACCGGAAGUGAAACCAAAAAAAGUAAUGCCGCCUUUGCCUGGUGGUGGAAUGAAACGAGAAAAAACUGUUGUUGAAAAAGCUGCUGAGAUUUCAGAAAAUAAAAAAAAAGACAUGAUUAAUGUACUUAUGAGAGAACAGACAUCAAUUGCCAAAAAAAUAAAUAGAGAACAGGAACGGCAAGAGGAGUUGGUUCGAGAGCUACGUGAAAAAAGACGCAAAAAAAUGGAAGCUCGUGAAAUGGAGGCAGCAGCAGUUAUAGGAUUAGGGGCCAGACAAAAGACAAUCGUUGAAGAUCGUAAAAAAGAUGAGCGUGAACGUCAAAUCGAACAAAUACGUGAGCGUGUCAAUCGUAUAAAAAGUACAAGGAGUGGAGCCAAGGAUCAGAAUGAUGAUCUAGAGAGCACAACGAACACGUGACUUGGAUGCUGAAGACCUCAAGAUAAGAAGUUUGCUUUAAAUUAUGACUUUCAAUCAUGGCUUCAAUGUUUUCAAAAUGUUUUGCAUUACAUCCCUGAAUUCUUUAGACUAUAUAUAAUUUAUAUUUCCAACAGGAUACUAUUAAAAUUAUUUGUUAAGAGAUUUUUUGAUCAAUACAAGAAACUUUUACGGUUACUAUCUAGGUUUGGUAAAAAUAAAUACUAAAUU